AUGAAGAUCAAUCGCCUGCGUUCCGUCUGGGGCAUUGCGCCAGGUCCCAACCUGGACAAUUGGGCGCAAUUGUUCCCAGACCUGAAGAAGCAGGGUUACAUCGGAGUUGAGGUGGACAUCCAUGGAAUCGUUCCCGAGCGCGACUUUCCACGACUAAGGGAAAUUUGUGACCAGGCAGGUCUCGAGAUUGGUGCAAUGGUGCACUCGUCGUGGUUUAUGUAUGCUGGACCUCGUCCAGUCGGCCUGAAAGCAGAGGAUCACCUCCGAAAUUACAAAGAGCUACUUGAACUGGUCAAGCAACUGCGACCGAUUACUAUCAACUUCCAGUCCGGAGAGGAUGCUUGGGAUGUCGAAGAAUCAAUCAAAUUCUAUCAAGGGACUAUUCAUAUCGAUCAAGAACUGGGACUCACUGGCCAAGUUACCCACGAGACUCAUCGCAACCGUUCGCUUUUCACCCCUUAUGCAACCCAGCGGAUUUUGGAAGCUGUCCCAAAACUCCGAAUUACCGCCGACUUCUCGCACUGGAUGGUUGGACUAGAAAGACUUUUGGAUGUCGGCGAGGGUGAUCGCGUUAUGAUUGAUGCAAUCAUCCCGCAUGUGUAUCACAUUCAUGCCCGAAUCGGAACGACACAAGCAUCCCAGUGUCCCGAGCCACUCAACCCUGUCUUUGAACAAGAGAGAUUGUGUAUGGAGAGGAUCUGGACAAAGAUCAUUCAGAGUCGGUUCAAGCAAGAUGGCCCGGACGGCAUAAUUACAUUUGUCCCUGAAUAUGGGCCGUUCCCUUAUCACCCCAUUGGAAGCUCUAAAGCCCACGGGCAGGUAGCAGAUGAAGAGGGGGUGAGAUUGCAAAACUUGUUCGAAGGCAUUGCAGAAGCUCUUGUUAAUGCUUGA